UAUUUGCCCUAUAAAUACUGUUGCAAUAACCUCCCUCCCAUCUGUCUGUUGUGAAACUUAGACCAAUGGAUCUGUUCAUCUUAAAAUCACUUGUGUUUCCUCUCUGUUUUAUCGGGCACAGUGUUGGUGAAAAUGUUCUACCGGCGGGUCCAGUGGAAGCCUAUUUGGGAGAAAAUAUUACCCUGAAAAUCCUGGUUGCGAAGAAGCAGGAAGAUAUCAUAUUCUGGUCUUUCAAAAAUGAAAAGGAAUUUCUAAGUGUUGCAACUCUGAACCCACCAAAUCUCAAAGUGAAUAACCGCUACAAAGGUAGAGUUUCUAUUGACUCAGCCAACGGGUACCUGACUUUGACCUCUGUAAAACUGGAGGACCGAGGAAAUUAUACCGUCAACAUACUGCGCGACCUUUUAGGUCUAACUGGAAUGAUUAAACUCAAUGUUGCAGAUGUUACACCCCCCACCCUGACGUUGCUGCCCCCCUCUAGUGAGGAGCUGCAGCAGGAGAAGUUCACUCUCACGUGUCUGGCCAACAAUGGUCUCCCCUCAAAUUGGCGUCUGCACUGGUAUGUCAACACCAGCAGCCAAAUCAAGUGGGAGGAGGAAUGGAACCCUGGGAUGCUGCAGGAGGACGAGCUCUACAGCUGGAGCAGCUCCAUGAUGAUUUCUGUGGACAACUGGAGGAAGAUAUUCUCUGUGACCUGUAGAGCCCGUCUGGGCUUACUGGCUCCACUCACGGUCACUCUGAAGGCCCAACCUGACUCACUGGACACUAAUUUUAAUCUUUAGCUGCUCUUAUUCUGCAAGGUUUUUUCAAGGACCAUUUUCUCUUUUUUUAUUCAGUAAGGUCUUUAGAAUAUUGAUCAUGCUUACUGAUCUCAGUGGUUGAUCAAUAUUUACAUGUCAAUGUACAACCCUUAGCUGAAUUUUACUUUGAAUUAUUAUUUUAAAUCACCCAAACGUCCGAUUCAAAAAUCCGAUUUUUAAAUUGCUUCAAGGUGAAUAGUAUUCUUCAGGACUUCUCUACAUGCACUGAAUCAUUGUUCAUUAUUUAUAUACUAAGCAAAUGAAAUCUUUUUUGCUAUUUCCUGCAUAUUAAAGUCUAAUCUAACAAUAAUAA